UUAUUCGUUACGCAAAACUGCAAAAGAGAGAGAUAAUAAGAUAUCGGUAGGAUUGUAGGAAAAAGAGAGAAAAGUUAUAAUAAAAAGGUUAGUUAUAUAGUAGUAUUAUGGAGCAGAAAAAGGCAGCUAGUAUAGCGACCUUGGCCAUGACAACUUUUUGCAUGGCCUUUUGCUUUUACGUGGUUAAUGCCUCUGAUCCUCCUCUUCUCCAGGACUUCUGUGUGGGUGUAAGUGAUCCUGAUUCCGCAGUGUUUGUGAAUGGGAAAUUUUGCAAGCAUCCAAACAAGGUAAAUAUAAGUGAUUUUUUGUACGAAGGGUUCAACAUUCCUGGAGAUACUACAAACAACAUUCAAAAAGCAAAGGCCACACUAGUAGACAUCAACAAGUUCCCUGCACUUAACACACUAGGAGUUUUAAUUGCUCGUGUUGAUUUUGCGCCUUUUGGCUUAAACACCCCUCAUUUCCAUCACCGCGGAUCAGAGGUAUUUGCGGUGAUGGAAGGAAGACUAUAUGCGGGGUUUGUGUCCUCCGAUAACAAACUAUUUUACACCAUGAUUAAGAAGGGGGACAUAAUUGCUUUUCCUCAAGGUCUAGUACACUUCCAGCUCAAUACGGAGAAGAAAGAAGCUUAUGCAAUUGCUGCGUUUGGUUCUCAAAAUCCUGGAAGAGUUGAUGUUGCUAACAGUCUUUUUGGAACAAACAAGCGUAUUUUGCCUGAUGUUCUUACCAAGGCCUAUGAUGUGGAUGGUUGGGUAAUUGACCGACUUCUAUCACAAUUUAACACAUCUUCAGAUUCUGACACAUCCAUUUUAGAGUUGUUCGCCGCAAGUUCUUAAAAUUGUCUUUCCAACAUAUGAUUCUCUCAUUAGAUUGAAUCUUUGAUGUACUCGAAUGUUUUAUUUUUCUUGUGUUUUCUUGAGUUGUCUUUUCUACAUGUGGUUUGUUGGUUUGUAAUAAAACUAGUUAUGACUCGGGUGACGCCCCGAAGUUUAUCUAAAUUUUGCAUUUUAUUA